UUCAGUUUUAGCAGUCCAGGCUAGAUCACCUGAACCUUUAUCUUUGUCUCCUCAGUAUGGGAAUUCAUCUCAUGUUCCAUCUCCAAGUCACUAUCGACCUCGGAGUCAGGGGUACCAACAGAAUCAGAAUUAUAGCCGAGGGAUGGCUCCGGUCAAUAACCAAAUGACUUGCAACUAUUGUAAGGAAGUUGGUCAUUUCAAGAAUCAAUGUCCUAAGCUGCGAAGGUUUAAUUCUAACCAUUCCGGUUGGAGAGGAGGAAGUAAUACUGGAGGAAGUAGAGGUCAGAGAGGCAAAGCAGCAGUCCAACUGGUGCCAGAACCUGAUUUCUAUGGUGUUGAAGGGCAAGACCUCUCUAAGGGUACUGUUUCCUUGACUAAGGAAACUCGAGGAUCUAUGCAAUCGGGUGAUCAUGGGCAAGGGAGACCUGAGGGGGAGACUGUUUCAUUUGGAUUGCAUGUACGCAGGACAAACACAAAAAACAGAACAACCUUUAGCCCUGACAUCGAGUUCUGAUCGACUGAGUGAGUUAUGGUUGUGGCAUAGGCGUUUGGGUCAUCCAUCUUUUGGAGUUAUGAAGAAGUCCAUGCCUUCGUUGUUUUUGGGAAUAAGUGAUUCUAGCUUGCAUUGUGAAACUUGUGCUUUGGCUAAGAGUCAUAGGUCUGGUUAUCCUUCGAGUUUUCAUUCUAGUACUAUGCCUUUUGAGUUAAUUCAUUCAGACUUGUGGGGUCCUUCUAAACAUUCUACCCUUUUUGAAAUGCGAUAUUUUGUGUUAUUCAUCGAUGACUUUACUCGACUAUCUUGGGUGGUUCUACUUAAGUCCAAAGAUUCUGUCUUCUCUGCCUUUACAGCAUUUCAUAGUCUUGUUCGUACUCAAUAUGAUGCUCAUGUUAAGGUUUUUCGUUCUGAUAAUGGGGGUGAGUUUAUUAAUCAUUCUUUUCAUGAAUAUUUCCAACACCAUGGCAUAAUCCAUCAAACUUCAUGUCCACAGACACCUGAGCAAAAUGGGGUGUCUGAACGGAAAAAUCGUCACCUUUUGGAUAUGGCUCGAUCUCUUUUGCUUAGUGCUAACAUGCCUAAGUACCUUUGGGGAGAAGCUGUUUUGUGUGCUUCUCAUCUUAUCAAUCGCCUUCCAUCUGCCCCUCUUCAAGGUUGUGUCCCACUUGAGGUCUUGUCUAACUAUGUUUCUAUCCCAUCAUCUAAUACUCUUCCUGCUCGUGUCUUUGG